CCCUAAAUUGAACUCCAAAAAAGCCGGUGUUUUCAUCCUUUCCUCAGAACCGAGAGGCCAGCUUCGUAUAACUAAGGACAUUAUACGUAUUACCAAGCAACAAGGAGAAGAAUUAAGCCGGCCUUUUGAUCUGGAAGCCCCAUGGAUGAACAAAUAAUGAUGGAAAUUCUACUCCGUUUGCCACCCAAAUCGAUCUAUAGAUUCAGGGUCGUGUGUAAGACCUGGAACGAACUGAUCUCCGGUCCCUUUUUUAUCGAGAGAUACGACACCAGGCUGCGGCGGCACGGCGGUCCAGCUUUGUUGGCCUUAUUCCAGAGAACACAGUCUAGCCCUUAUUAUUAUCGCCCCAAAUCAAAGAAACGCAAACCAGCCGCGACGAACCUACUUCCUCUUGAUCUUCCUGGUAAUAGCGAAAUCAAGCGUCAGUCUCUUAAAUUAGACGAUUGCGAGUUCAUAAAUUCGUCAGGUGGGCUGAUCCUCUGCCGCAAUUGUAACCAUGAUGACAUUGAAGAUUACUAUGUCCUGAAUCUUAUUACUGGAAAAUUUGUCUCGUUGCUGCCGGCACCACUGCAGUAUAGGUGCGCAUCCAUCGGGUUGAUGUGCGAGGAGAAUGAAAAUAAACUGAUGGCCAAGUACAUAGUCGUCCGAACAGGUUACGGAUAUGAACAAGGCCAUCCUACUUUCAUAGGGAUCCAGAUUUACUCCUCUGAGACAGGCGCCUGGGCUUCCAAACCCUCUGUAAGGCUCCAAGCUAAACCCUACACAUAUCCUAUUUCGGGGCAUCCUUUAGUGAUGAAUGGUAUUUUCCACUGGUACAGGGACAAAAUGGCACUUUACCGUCCCCGUAUAAAUACUGUCCAGAUGAUUGUUGCCCCUCAGGAUCGUUAUAUUAAUUAUUUCCAAACUCACGCUUUUACAAGGUCAACAAUUGAGGACGGAGACAUUUUAUGGUUCGCCACAUUGGAUUCCAAUUUGAUGGAGGUUUUCAUGCUCCCAAAGUCUGCAGAAGAUGGAGUUAACUGUGUGAGACCGACUACCAUACCCCGUAAUGAGUGGGUGUUGAUGUACCAUAUGAGUGUGGAUUCCGUUUGGAACGAUAUCGCCUUAGUGUCAUCAAGGACGAGGCGGAGGACCAUCAAGGAUACAUGGGGGAAGACCAGAGCAAGGUCCAUUUUCAUGGAUGCCUUUUUUCCUGCUAAUAAGAAGAAGAAGACUUCUCUUGCCCUCAUUCUCAGGGUUGAACUAGGGGACAUAUUUCUGUAUGACCUUGACCGAUCGAUCGAACCCAUAAGAUAUCAUGGUCGUAUGGUUACCACGUAUGAGGUUGGAUAUGAUUCUUAUACUCUAACAUUGUGCCCUUACUUAGAACCUUCUUCCCUCUCCGCAUAUGUUCUUAAGUAGGCUGGUUGAGUGAUUAUUAUGUUAGUUAAUGAAUCUGAUUUGUUUGAUAUUAAGACUUUCUUGCAUUUUUCUUUUAGAAUAUGAUUAGUGUGUUUUUGCAAAUGUGAGCUGUGAAUCCUGUGAUUACUUUCUCCUCUUUCUAUCCCUUUCACUUCCAUAUAGCGCCUUGAUUCCUUGCAUUACUUGUGAUAUGCUUAAUAUACUUUCAUGGAAAUCAUAGUAAAAGG